ACGCCAUCUUCCCGCAGCUGCAGCAGCACCCAUUCAUUCGUUCGCUCACCCAGCAAAAGCUCUCGCCCAGUAGAUACACACACGUAGAUACUACUACUACUGAUACAGUUGCGUACACGCGAGAGUGGUUCGAUUACGUUAGCAUAACACUAGCCAUUAUUUUUUCAUUUCAUCUCAUCCGGGGUCUGUCAGUUAUACCACGGUGCUAGUAGUUGCUGCGGUGAUUCCCACCAUGGAGGUGUGCUGCUGCUCCACCUCGUCCUCCCUCCUCGCCGGGGGCCGCUUCGCCGCGCCGGCGCCGGCGGCCGCGUACGCGCGGCACCGGGGCGCGGCGGCGGGAGGAGGGAUCCGCAGGGCGGCCGUGCUGGCGCUGGCGCGCCCGCCGCGCCCGGCCACGGCCUCGCGGCCCGCGCGCCGCGGGGUGACCCGGGCCGUCUUCGAGCGCUUCACGGAGCGGGCCGUCAAGGCGGUGGUGCACUCCCAGAAGGAGGCCCGGGGGCUCGGGGAGGGCGCCGUGGCGCCGCGCCACCUGCUGCUCGGCCUCGUCGCCGAGGACCGCUCCGCCGGGGGCUUCCUCUCCUCCGGGAUCACCGUCGAGCGCGCGCGCGAGGAGUGCCGGGGCCUCAUCGGCGCCGCCGCCGCCCAGAAGGCGGGCGGGCUCGACACCGACGUGCCCUUCGACGGGGGCUGCAGGCGCGUCUUCGAGGUCGCCGUCGAGCUGUCCAGGAACAUGGGCUGCAGCUUCAUCUCCCCCGAGCACCUCGCCAUCGCGCUCUUCACGCUCGACGAUCCCACCACCAACAAUCUCCUCAGAAGCUUGGGAGCGGAUCCGAGUCAGCUAGCGUCAGUUGCAGUCACCCGACUCCAUGAAGAGCUUGCAAAAGAUGGCAGAGAUCUCGCAGGAGCAUCUUCUCUCAAAGUGCCCGAGAAAGCACCCGCUGGAGCUGGAGCUGGAAGAUCUGCCUUCAGCAAAUCCUUGAGUAAAAAGAAAGAUAAAGGUGCGUUGGAUCAGUUUUGUCUAGAUUUGACCACACAAGCCAGUGGAGGGUUUAUUGACCCUAUUAUUGGCCGUGAGGAGGAGAUUGAAAGGGUGGUUCAGAUAAUAUGCCGGCGAACAAAGAACAAUCCCAUCCUUUUGGGUGAGGCUGGUGUUGGUAAAACCGCGAUCGCCGAAGGUUUGGCUCUUCGGAUUGCAAAUGGAGAUGUCCCCAUUUUCCUCGUGGCAAAGCGUAUAAUGUCACUAGACAUUGGCCUGCUUAUUGCUGGCGCAAAAGAGAGGGGCGAACUGGAGUCCAGGAUCACUAGUUUAAUUCGUGAAGUCCGUGAAGCAGGUGAUGUUAUUCUUUUCAUCGAUGAGGUUCACAAUCUUGUUGGAUCUGGAACUGCUGGAAAGGGUAAGGGUGCUGGCCUUGAUAUUAGCAAUCUACUGAAGCCCCCGCUUGCCAGAGGUGAACUGCAGUGCAUUGCAGCUACAACUUUAGAUGAGCACCGGAUGCAUUUUGAGAAGGAUAAGGCUUUGAACCGCAGGUUCCAGCCAGUAUUUGUAGAUGAGCCUAGCCAGGUAAAGAUAUUUUCCUUUGGAAGUUUAGUAUGCAUAUGUUUGUUUCUUAACCAUCCUUAUAAUAUAAUGCAGGAAGAUGCUGUGAAAAUAUUACUUGGUCUCCGUGAGAAUUAUGAAACUUAUCAUAAAUGCAAAUUCACUCUAGAAGCCAUCAAUGCAGCAGUUUAUUUGUCAGCAAGAUAUAUCCCAGACAGACAGCUUCCUGAUAAGGCUAUUGAUCUUAUUGACGAAGCUGGCAGUAGAGCUCGAAUUGAAUCAUAUCAAAAGAAGAAGGAGGGACAGUCUUCCGUUCUCUUAAAGGAGCCGGAUGAAUACUGGCAGGAGAUAAAAGCUGUCCAGGCCAUGCAUGAAGUGGUGUUAUCUAACAAGAUGAAAUAUUCUCCGAAUGAGAAUAAGCAACAGAAUGCGAGUGUUAACACUGAAGGGCCACAUCAGGAUAAGGCUGAGUCAACAAUUGAGGAGCCUAUUGUAGUUGGAACAGAAGAAAUUGCAAGAGUCGCCUCAUUAUGGUCGGGUAUUCCAGUCCAGCAGCUGACUGCUGAUGAUAAAAAGAUCUUAGUAGGACUGGAUGAUGAGCUUAGAAAGCGUGUUAUUGGUCAAGAUGACGCUGUUGCGGCGAUAUCGCGGGCAGUGAAGAGAUCACGUGUAGGCCUCAGUGACCCUGACAGACCUAUAGCUACGAUGCUCUUUUGUGGUCCUACAGGGGUUGGUAAAACCGAGCUUACCAAAGCUCUUGCGGCGAGCUACUUUGGAUCGGAAUCUGCUAUGCUUAGACUAGACAUGAGUGAAUACAUGGAGAGGCACACAGUGAGCAAACUGAUAGGCUCUCCUCCAGGGUACAUUGGAUAUGGUGAAACUGGUACUUUGACAGAAGCAGUCAGGAGAAAACCAUUCACCGUGGUACUGCUUGAUGAGAUAGAGAAAGCUCACCCUGAUAUUUUCAAUAUCCUUCUCCAAAUUUUUGAAGACGGUCAUCUGGCAGACUCACAGGGUCGCAGAGUUUCGUUCAAGAAUACAUUGAUUGUCAUGACAUCAAACGUUGGUUCUACAUCAAUUUCAAACGGACGACGGAGCAUGGGUUUCUCAACAGAUGACACCGAAUCAAGCCGAUAUGUCGCGGUGAAAUCCCUCGUGAUGGAAGAGCUGAAGGGAUUCUUCCGUCCAGAAUUGCUCAACAGAAUCGAUGAGACGGUUGUGUUCCGUCCUCUGGAACAGACUCAGAUGCUAGCAAUUCUCGAUAUCCUCCUAGAGGAACUGAAGGGUAAGCUCUUGGCCGUCGGGAUCGGCCUGGAGGUCUCCGACGCGAUGAAGGAGCUGAUCUGCCGAGAAGGCUACGACAAGAACUACGGCGCGCGGCCGCUGAGGAGAGCCAUCACCCAACUGAUGGAGGAUGUCAUCAGCGAAGCGAUUCUUUUCGGCGAGUACAAGCCUGGCGACACGAUACUGGUGGACACCGACAGCAAGGGGAAGCCUUGCUUGAGUCGUCUGAACCAACCACCGACCGUCCAAGUGUCUGACUCAACACGGACAUUCUGAAGUGAAGCUCUCGUGUGGUAGACUUGGUAGAGUAGAGGCCUAAUUUCCUAUUCUUUCGAUUUCGAGUAACGAGAUAAGUAGUAAUUCUUUGAUAGGUAGAUACCAAAUAUUCAUUUCGUUAUGUACAUAACAUUGAGGGAAUUCGUCCCAGCAUGGUCUUAUUCGGCAAGUAUAUAUCCAACUGUAUAUUGUCCUCCGGUUUAUAACAAAUACAGUAUAAUUUUGGAA